AUCAUUCAUUCAUUUCUUUUAUAUAGUAUUUGUAUUUUCUCUUUUUUUGAAUAAUUGCAUGCUAUGUUGCAUUUAUAUAAAUGGACUUUUCUUUUCUUCCACUCUACAAGAAUUUUGUGAUAAAAAUCUAACUUUAAACUUCAUGGAGCAAUCUAGACAGUUUGUGUCUUCUAUUUUAGUUCAUAACCUUAAAAAUUAGUCAUCGUUUGUAAAAAGGGAACAGACUAAUCUCGCUUGAAAGUCCUUCAUUGCAGCAUUUAAUUUGUGUUUUAUUCGCAAUUAGCAAGUUGCUGAAUGAGCAAGACAAUUAAGACUUUAUGCUUCAGACCUGAUUAAGUCACAUAGACUGAAACUAUCCAAAGAUGACGUCCUUAUAUAAUUGGUAUAGAGACCUCAUAGACAACAGAGGCGAUCCAAGAGUAAAAGAUUGGCCAAUGAUGUCUUCCCCAUGGCCAACAUUAGCUGCGUGCAUAUGCUACGCUUAUUGCUGUAAAAAACUGGGUCCUCAACUCAUGGCUAAUAGAAAACCUUUUGAAUUUAGGACCUUUUUAGUUGUAUAUAAUUUUAUACAAACAGUUUUUAGUGCAUGGAUAUUUUACGAGUACCUGAUGAGUGGAUGGUGGGGUCAUUAUAACUUCACGUGCCAGCUAGUCGACUACUCACGCAGUCCUAUCGCUAUGAGGAUGGCGAACACAUGUUGGUGGUAUUACUUUAGCAAGUUCACGGAAUUCGCGGACACACUUUUCUUCGUGAUGCGAAAGAAGUGGAAUCAAGUGUCCACAUUGCACGUCAUCCACCACGGAAUUAUGCCCAUGUCGGUGUGGUUUGGACUUAAAUUCGCGCCUGGUGGUCAUAGCACAUUCUUUGCACUUCUGAAUACAUUUGUGCACAUAAUCAUGUAUUUCUACUAUAUGGUAUCUGCCAUGGGACCGAAGUACCAAAAGUUUGUAUGGUGGAAGAAAUACCUCACCGCUCUACAGCUGGUGCAAUUUGUUAUGAUCUUCACACAUCAGCUACAGGUGUUGUUCAGACCUUCAUGCCAGUACCCCCGCGUGUUUGUUUUGUGGAUCGCAAUGCAUGGCUUCUUAUUCCUCUUCUUGUUUAGCGACUUCUACAAGGCGCAAUAUAUCAAACCUGAGAAGAGACCAAAGCUCGCCAGUGGAUUGUGCAUGGCGAUAGACGAGAACAGCGGUGCCCAAAACGGGUACAAGCAAGAAGUGGGCUCGGAGGUGCCCAACUCAUACGCGUCGUCGACAGACGCAUUCGUACGGCGGCGGCCAGUGUCGUAGUGCUGUAUAUACCUAGCUAUAACUUUCAAAGGACCGUCUCGAAUAUUCCACGGUGGCCCGGAGCCCUCGUUGGCCUGAGACUGAUGUUUUAUAUUAAAAACACAAGCUUAUAGUGAUUAAUCUAUGGUGCGAGUACCUUGGGUAGUAUAGACGAACGAGCCACGGCUUCGCCCAAUGGGAAUUAAUUUAAUGGGUCCAAGGGCCCCAGUACGUGUCUCGACUCUGGUGUGGGUAAAUUUUCACGCAUUCUUACAAUACAAUCCGCACGUAACGAUUGCUCUGGCACUGGAUUUCCGUAAAUUAAUUUCAUAAUAAAAUCUAUCUAAAUAAAGUGAAAUAGAAUGUAAUUUUCUAUAAACCAUUGACCCCCAGGAAUAAAAAUGGUAAAUGCUUGUUAAUGCACAAAGUCAGUCACACGAAGUUGGAAUUGAAAUACAUAAUGCCUUGUCUAGUAUCAGUACAAAAAUUUAAUAAAUUAAGAGUAUUUGAUUGUUGUAAUUAUUAAAUUUUUGGAUUCUAUAUUUUAGUUUGGUUUCAAUGUUUUAAUCAAAUCUCUAAAAAUAUUUUGUUCAUGGUAUUCUAUGAAAUUGUAUCACCAUUCAUAUUAAAAUUCGAGGGUAUGAGUAACGUUUUGUAAUGUGUGUAUAUUUUAAUAUAAAAAUGAGUGUUAAUAUCAUGUAAUUAGGUGUAUUGAAGGUUAAUGGAUUAUUUGUAAAUAAAUUUUGUUAAUCACUGGUUGUAAUAUGAAACAUGUUACCAAGUUCUUAGAGAUAUUUUAUUGAAAUACAUAUUCACAUCUUCAAUAUAUUCUUUAUACUACUUGUUCAGGGCUCAAGUACUAUAUUGUAUUUUAUUCAAAUAUAUAAUACCCAUCUGGGGAACAUUUUAUUGUGACAAAUUUUUUGGUGUAAUCGAAUCUGAGUUUAUCUGUCGCAGGGUUUCCAACUGUAGGGCUCUCCCACAAUUUUGGGAGGAAAAUAAUCAAGAGAUCUUAGGGUCACGAUUGGUAGAAUUUGUGGAUAUAUUUUUUUUUAUUUUUGGGAUAUGUUUAAUAGAGGGUUGAAAUUAAACACAUUAUAGUAGCUAGGUAAUUAGUUUUUACUAUGAAAUAAUAAACAGCUCCAUAGAAUUUUGUGAUUAUACUGAACAAAAAGAUGAGUGUUAAUAAGUUACUAUUUAGUACCGUAUGGCCAAUUAGGUAAGAUUUUCUGUAGUGUAUGAGCCCACUGAGCAAGUACCUAAUCAGUCAUUACGUUUUAAAGCCAAAAAUUUGAAAUAUUUAAUAUUAUAAAACAUAUACAUAUAUAUAUAU